AUGGCCGACUCCAAGAAAAAAUACAAGUCGUCCAGUCAACCACGAGCUGUAUCUGCUUCCGAAAUUGCUCGUAAUUUGGGCAAUUUUGAGACAUGGUCAUCACAUCAAUGUUGUGAACAAGUUUCUCUCUCUGACCUCCCCUCCGAAUUUCAAGAGGAUGUGGACAAUCUCUUUGGUACCACAAAGCGAAUUCCUCGCUCCUGGUUAGACAGGUCUUUUGACUGUAGCCCAGGUUUUGCCAAGUUUAUAGCAGAUGCUUCACAAACGGCACCAGAACUCUUCUCCGCUGACCACUGUGCAAGCAGCGAACUAUUUGAAGACGUAUGUGUCGUUUUCAGUGCAUGGAAGCGUUUGGCAAAAAUGAGGAGCUCCAAAGAGAAAUGGUCUGAGGCGGACUUCGUGGCCAACGUGUACAACGUAUUCCGAACUUCUGCAAUUAGGGAAAGUACCUUCCGGGUGCAAUGCGCAAUUUCGCUCCCGCAACCGCAAGACACAUUUCAAAACGCCCUCGAUGUGCCUCGCGUAUUGAAUACGAAGACCGUCAUCCCUGACUGCGCAAUCUUCAUUCCCGCUUCACGGACUCGACCAUUGUCGCAUUCUGCCAAGUCACCAUAUAAACUCCUGAAGAACCACCCUGCUGUAGUUAAAGCUGGGAAUGCGGCCAAGAGAUCUUCUUUCAGGUACCAGAGCACCCCGUGCGCUCAACUUCCCGAUAUGCCUGGCUUUGAGUUUGCAAGCAGCUUUUGGGAGGAUAAGAAGCCUGUGCAUACUCUUCUUGAUGAUGCGUAUCGCCAGAACCGCAUGUCAACAACUGCUGCUGUUCGGCAUUUACACUCCCUUGGUAUCCAUGCUCCUGUCACGGGGCUUAUUUGGGCAGAUGGAGUUGUCCGUGCGCAUGUUGAUUGGUGUGAAGAAUUAGAGGGAAAGACAGUCGUGAUGUCUGCUCCGUAUUGUGGUCCCCAAGAUCGAUCAUCAAACGACGUGUUCCACGAGUGGAAACUUGAUCGUCCAAGCGACAUUCUGCAGGUUUACUUCCUUGUUCGGAACAUUGACGAGUGGACCACAGGCAAAUUCUCAGAAUAUAUUGUCCGGGGUGUCAAUCAAAUGGUGAACAAGCUGUCCUCCAGCGAAAGGACAUAUAAACCCUGGAAAUGGGUCGGGGACCUGGCACCUCCAUUAAAGACCAACGCGCUGAAAGAGAAUCACAACAUUUCUGUUACCACAGUUGUGACUUCGGAUGCGUCUCCCUCUCCACCUAAGCCCAAGAGCAGGCGACGGAGACGCAGGUCCAGUAAUUGA